AUGCCAGCGACGCGUCAGCAAUUGGACACUUUAUUAGAGUGGGCAUGCGAGAAUGGGACCAAGAUCCAUUCUGAAGUAAACUUUGAAAUUGGGAUUAAUGGAGUUGGAGCCUACUUCAAUAAUAAAAGCGGAGGUGAGGUUGUAAUACAAGAACCAUUAAUAAGUGUGCCUGAAAGCAUUAUGAUCACGCCCAAGUUAGUGACAGACUAUUUUGCUACCACUGCAGAAGGGAAAAAGUUAAUUAAUAAAGUUAGUAGUGUUGAACUUUUUAAACUUUUUUUAAGUAAAUUUAAAGACGGAGAAUCCCAAGAAGAAAUUGGAAUUAAAUUUAAACCAUUUUUCAAGAUAUUACCAAGUGCUAAAGAUUUGAAUAUACCUUUUUUCUGGAAAGAGAAAGAAACUGCAUUAUUGCAAAACACGGAUGCAGAAUUCUUCUUACAGAAUAGUCUAACUCUGCUUUAUGAAGGAUGGGUGAAAAUAAGUCGAAUAUUGGGUGGGGACCCUAAGCAAGAGUUUAGUCUUGAUGAAUGGUAUAAAUGGACAGAGAACGAUUCGGGUGACUGGUUAGAUUUCCCAAGUUAUGUUUGGGCUAGUUGUAUAUUAAGCUCACGAGGAUUCCCAUCAAUUCUUAUUGAACCGGGAGUGAAGGAAGAGAGAUUAAUCUUGGUGCCUAUAAUGGAUUUAACUAAUCAUGUGAACGAUGCUCAAGUUAAAUGGAUACCUAAAUUUGAAAAUCAUACCAAAUUUAUUGAUUUCAAUGCUCUUGAUAAGUUCCCCAGUGGCAAACAAGAAAUUUAUAAUAAUUAUGGUAGUAAGGAUAAUCUAACUUUACUUUUCGGUUAUGGUUUCAUUGAUGAAAAUAAUAAAUAUGGUAAAACAACCAUAUCGAUGCAAUUAGAUUUGAAUAGUGUUAACAAAGCAAUAUCUUUAGGAGUUGCCAUACCAGAUAAGCCACUACAAACGUUCGAAAUCUCCCAUGAGCAGCCAAUCAAUGAAGUAUUUCUCGAUAUGAUGCAAGCUAAUUUAAAAUUGGAUUAUGAAAUAAGUUUUAAAACUCAUCGCACCAAGUUAGAAGCCAUCGAACAAAUGCUAUCAAUCUACGAAGUUAAAUUAAAUCAAAUGAAACAAAAAGAUGAUUUCAAAAAAGUCAAUAAUGCAACCGUAAUCAAAACCAUUAAAGGAUACAAGAAGUGCCAAAGAUUGUUAAUACAAAAAUCUUAUGACGAAUUAAACCGAUUAUUGAAAUCAAGCUUAAAAGAAAGUAAGGCAGUUUUAUUCAAGAAAAUAUAUGCCAAUGAUGGAGAAUUUUCGCGUUUGGUUGAAAACUUUUAUCAAUUUGCAAAUUUGGAAGAGUCUAAACACCAAGAUUAUUAUGAUUAUAUAGUAAUCUUGUAUAUAUUAUUAUCUAAAGAAGGUUGGAUUAAACAAAAACUAGGUCAAAUGAGAAAAAUCAUUGGUGAAAUAACUCCGGCCGAUGAAAUGCGGGAAAUAUACCAAAAUAAAAUGAAAAUUCCCCAAAUAGCAAAAGAGAUCACCAUUGACGAGUGGUUUAUUGCCGAUAAAGUGUACGAUGUAAUGGUUUAUACCAAGGUAUCAAAUGGAGAAACCUACUUGAUAAAUAAUUGA